AUGGAGCUCUACGUCCCACCCAGCUUCGUCUCCCAGACGGAGUUGGAGGUGCACGACGGCGUGAGUGCGGGCAAGUACACCAUCGGGUUGGGGCAGGACGAGCUCGGAUUCUGCUGCGACCAGGAGGAUGUCAUCUCCAUGAGCCUGACUGUUGUCCAGCGGUUGCUAGAGAAGAACGGCAUAGAUGCAUCAUGCAUAGGGCGGCUGGAGGUGGGCACGGAGACGGUGAUUGAUAAGAGCAAGUCCAUCAAGACCGCCAUCAUGACGCUCUUUGAGGCCAGUGGCAACGCUGACGUGGAGGGCGUUGAUUCGUGCAACGCGUGCUACGGUGGCACGGCGGCGCUGCUGAACAGUGUCAACUGGGUGGAGGGAUCUUCAUGGGACGGCCGUUUUGCCAUCGUCGUUGCUGUUGACAGCGCUGUGUACGCGGAGGGCCCAGCGCGGCCCACAGGGGGAGCAGGCGCGGUGGCGAUGCUGGUGGGACCAGACGCGCCUCUGGCCAUGGAGAGUGGGCUGGCGGGCAGCUAUGCUGCUCACGCGUAUGACUUCUACAAGCCCAAGCUCGCCAGCGAAUACCCUGUGGUGGACGGCAAGCUGUCUCAGACGUGCUAUACCAAGGCGCUUGACCACUGCUACCAACGCUUCUGUGAGAAGUACGCCAAGAAGCAUGGCUCUGCGUUCUCAUUGGCUGACACUGAAUCCGUGGUUUUCCACUCGCCCUACAACAAGCUGGUGCAGAAGAGCGUGGCACGGCUGCUGUUCAACGACGUUAAGAGGGGCGUGAGCAGCGGAUAUUUGGGUGCGGGGGAAGCGGAUGCACUGCAGCCGUUUGUGGGGCUGGAGGAAGAGAAGAGCCUCGUGGAUAGAGACCUGGAGAAGACGGCCAUGCGAGUGGCAGGGCCGGUGUACAGCAGCAAGGUGGGCCCCACCACGCUGGUGGGCAAGCGUGUGGGCAACAUGUACUGCGCCUCGCUCUAUGGCAGCCUCGCCUCCCUGCUCGCACAGCAAGGACAGCAACUGGAAGGCCAUCGCAUUCUGCUCUUCUCAUAUGGCUCCGGCCUCAUGUCGACGCUCUUCUCCCUUACCGUGCGCCAAGCUGCUGACCCCUUCUCCCUCACUGCACUCGCUGCUCAUCUGGACGUGCACCAGCUGCUCGAGUCUCGCACCAAGGUAACACCAGAGGAGUUUGUCAAGACAAUGCAUUUGAUGGAGUCACGGUAUGGUGCAUGCUCCUUCACUCCAGCUACCCCCACGGAUCGCCUUCAGCCUGGCACUUACUACCUCACGCAAGUGGAUGACCUGUACCGGCGAACGUAUGCGCGGAAAGGUGUAGAUGCUGAUAAGGCGGUUGUUGAUGGAGCAGUCGAGGCUGCUACAAACGGGGUUGUGUACUGGAUGGACGAGACUUACCUUUGGAGCGCGUUCGCGUCCACGGGCCAGGUUGCAAAUGCGAAGAUAAUUCGCAACAGGGCAACAGGGCAGCCCGAGGGGUACGGGUUCGUGGAGUUCACAACUCAUGCAGCAGCGCAGCAGGCGCUAGCGGCCUACCAGGGCACGCCCAUGCCUCAGGCCGAGCAACAGCCCUUCCGCAUCAACUGGGCCGCGUUCGGCGCCGGGGAUAAGGGUGGCGGCCGCCCAGCGGACGGGCAGGAGUUCUCCAUAUUCGUGGGCGACCUGGCCCCAGACGUGAACGACUAUCUGCUCUGCGAGACCUUCCGCUGCCGCUACGGCUCCGUGAGAGGCGCCAAGGUGGUGGUGGACAAUGUGAGUGGGCGCACCAAGGGCUAUGGCUUCGUGCGAUUCUCCUCAGAGGAGGAGCGCGACCGUGCGUUGCACGAGAUGAACGGCCAGAUGUGCUCCUCCCGCCCCAUGCGCAUCAGCGUCGCCACUCCCAAGAAACCUGGCGCGCCAGGGCAGGCUGGCGUGCAGGGCGGGCAGGGGGGAGGCGCAAGGACGGGUCCCCAGCCCCAGCCACAGGGACCCGGGGGGGAGGACGACCCUACCAACACCACGAUUUUUGUGGGAGGGUUGGAUCAGAGUGUGACGGAUGAGCAGCUAAGGGCGGUGUUUGGGCCGUGGGGCGAGCUGGUAUAUGUGAAGAUCCCCUUCGGCAAGGGCUGUGGCUUCGUGCAGUUCAGACACCGAUCACAGGCAGAGGAGGCACUGAGGAACAUGCAUGGCACGGUCAUUGGGCAGCAGUCUGUGCGGCUCUCAUGGGGGCGCAAUCCCGCCUCAAAGCGCACCUCGACAUACCCCUCGCAAGGCUCUCAGUGGCAGCAGCCGCAGCAGCAGCAUGAUCCUAAUGCAGCAGCGGCAGGUGGUUGGGGUGCUGGUGCUGGUAACACUGGUUACUACGGAGGGUACAGCGGCUACGAUGCUUCAGGGGGUUACAACCAGGGAGCGUAUGCUUCAUAUGGUGGAUAUGGAGGUUAUGGGAGCUACGGACAGCAACAGGCUUGGCCGCAAGCUCACGCUGCUCCAGCGGCAGCAGCAGCAUCCCCCGCCACAACACCAGCACCACAAAGUGCAGCAGCAGCACCGGCUUCUGGGUUUGCAGCUGGAGUGACCCCAGAACCCUUCGAUCCCCUGCGCGCCCCUGACGUGGACAAGAUGAAUGCUCAAUAUAUGGCAAAGCACGAGGGGUCUCUUGUGCCUCAUCAUGUUUGGUUCAAAAUGCCAGAAUCAGCAACUGCAUAG